GCAAAGUUGAGAAACUGACAGGAUGAUCUGCGAACCUCUUUUGUUCUACACCUCCGGCUUGGCAACCACCUCUUUUGUUUUGGAGAAAUUUGAGCUGAGGUUACCUUGGCUUUAUGGGUCCCAGAGAUGGUAGCCAAGGAGCAGCUAAUUCAGUUUCAAUCCCAUCCUUCUCCCCACCCUCCUACUGCCUCCUUUCCUGGCUCUUUUCGGGGAACCUUCCCAUGAAAGACCAUCAGUUUGAGAAGUACACUCCCUUUUACAGCUGGGAGCAAUACAGGAGGUGGCUUUUUACUCCCAUUACUUUUUGAUCCCAAAGAAAAAAGGAGGUUGAUGGCCUACCUUGGAUCUUCACUGAGAGCUGCGGGUGGCCGUGCCUGUGGACAGUCAAUGUAAACACUGUCUUGCGGCCCGCCAGCAGAUUACGCUUACGGGCCGCACGUUGCCCAACACUGAUCCAGAUUAUGAUCUUGAAAUUCAGGAUUUGUGGUUCCCUCAGGAAGCUUGCUCCCAAUUAUAUGUUUUAGAGCUCAGAGUCAGCUUGGUAUGCAAAGCAUUCCUGCCUCUUCUUUGGGAAUCCUUAAUACAAGUGUUGACAGACAACACCACAGCUGUGGAUUAUGUCAACAGGCAAUGGGGAACAAGAUCAUUCUCACUCUGUCAGGAAACCAUAGGACUAUGGAACAGAUUCCAGUUUACGAAGGUGCUUCUGCUCCCUUACUUGGUGGUCCUGUGAAAGGGGCUAUGUAUCAUGGAAGAGAUGGUUUGGGUGAUGUUCCUGUUCCAAAUGCUCCAAGAUUAGACGACUAUCUACAGAAAGAACAUGCUGUGAUUGCAAUGUUAAGAAUUGUUAAUGAGAAGCCUGGUCAGAUUUCUGUAGUUGCCACUGGUCCUUUGACUAAUCUAGCUUUGGCAGUGAAAUUGGAUCCAACAUUUCCUCAGAAGCUUAAAAAUAUGUUCAUCAUGGGAGGAAAUGUAGAAUCCAGAGGAAAUGUUACAGUCUGUGGAGAAUUCAAUUUUGCAACUGAUCCAGAAGCUGCGUAUGUUGUCUUAAAUGAGUUCACUUGCCCUACUUAUAUUGCAACAUGGGAAUUUACAUGUCGCAGUUCAUUGUCUUGGGAAUUCUAUCAUGAGUGGGUUAAUCAGGACACCAAAAAAGCCAAGUUCAUGCAGAAAAUAUCUGAGCACAGUAUAAAAUUCACAGAUCCAAAACACGAAAAUACAAGCAACAUCUUCUGGACUUCAGGAUUUGUGUCUUGUGAUUCCUAUGCUAUGGCUGCUGCAAUUGACGAGAGCUUUGUCACAGAAGCCAUAGAAACUGCUGUAAGUGUGGAGCUGAAUGGCUCACUAACUAGAGGAAUGAUGGUAAUGGAUAUGGCUGGUCUUCUUAAGAAGAAAAAUAAAGCUUUUGUCAUUAAUAAGUGUGAUUUAGAGAAGUUCAAGGGACUUCUCAUUGCUGCUUUAAAAUAACAUUUGGCUGUCUGAUAAAUUUCCCAAUCUUGUUAAUUUUGAACUGUAGGUCUAGUUACAAUGGUACAGAUAACUUUAGAUUCAUAGUUACUAUCAGACAACAUACAAUUAUUUUUAGUUAAUAACUUUCUCGUAUGUCAGAUUUCCAACAAAGUGCAUUCAAGUGAUUAUGAAAAGGACCCAUUUAAAUCUACAGUAGUGAGAGAAUUCAAAGUGCAAGUUAAAAUGGCAGCCUAAUUGUUAGAUAACUCUGAAUGCACUUAUUACCUGAUAGGCCAGUACUCUACUUUACCAUGCAUUUACUCAGUAGACAGAAACAGCAUUGAAAUCUAGAAUAUAUACAUAUAAAUAUGAUCUGUCAUCAGUUUGUAAGAUGGAGAAGAUAGACUGUUCUAAUUCUCACUGCUUUAUUAUUAUGGGAAAACAAACCAAUUUUUACUUAGAGAAUCUAGAUUAAGGAUUUGCAAAGUAUUAUUUAAGAUCCAGGAGCUCAACAUGUAAUGAUAACAUUUAAAACAUAUUUUUGAAAAUUUUCAAAAAGGGAAGAUGUAGAAGAAUUUGAAGGACCACGGUCAUGAGAAACAAAACUGUUUAACUUCAGUUUACUAAUUUGAAUAUGGCCCAGAAAUGUAGUGAAUGAGUUUAUCAUCUUACAUCUGUUAUGUAACUUAUUUAAAGUUGGUUUGUAACCUGAGUCCAGUUUACACAACAAGAAAGCAUGCUUGUUUGUAGAUUCUGCAGAAUGAACAGCCCUGAAGACACAAGUAAAUGAACAAUUACUUCAGAAGCUUCAGAACCAUUUGUUAAAUUAAUUUGUCAUGAGUCUUUGAUUGCUUUGCCUGUUCUGGGCCCAUUAAUCCAUCUCCUUGGAACUUAUCCUAAUAUUUCAAACCUCUGAGCAGCUUCAAACACUUACCAUUUAAGAACAAAACAUAAUUACACCUUCCCAAAUGGCUUUUUACAGUUGAGGAUCUGGCCCUUUGUAGUGAAAACUUUAUAGGGUUAGGAAUACAAUGAAUGUUUACACUAACAAGAAAACUCUGUGUAAGAUACCAUAUCCUGUAAAAUGGAUUUUCUUUGUCCAUACAGAAUGAUGUGGUAGAAAGGUUUUAUCAGCACUUGCUUGGGAUUGCCUACAUAAUUUUACCACUGUGAAAAAUAUGUGAUCAUCCGAACUGGUCAUCCCAAACUCUCACCCAAAGAACCUUCAUACCACUCCAUCUUGUAUUAUAUAAAAAAUAUUUAGAAGAUGAUAAAAGAACGAACAGUACUUGUGGCACCUUAGAGAUUAACAAAUUUAUUUGAGUAUAAGCUUUUGUGGGCUAAAGCCCACUUCAUCAGAUGCAUGCAGUGGAAAAUACAGUGGGAAGCUAUAGAGAUAUAUACAGAGAACAUUAAAAAAAAAUGGGUGAUGCUAUUCCAACUCUAAUGAGACUAAUCAAUUAAGGUGGGCUAUUAUCAGCAGGAGAAAAAAAACUUUUGUAGUGAUAAUCAGGCUGGCCCAUUUCCAACAGUUGACAAGAAGGUAUGACUAACAGUAGGGUUUUUUAAGAAACCCUCAUGCCCCUCACCUCUUCUUUAUCGUCAUCCAACCCCCCCCCCCGAUCCUUGUCCCCUGACCACCCCCUCCCAGGACCUCACACCCCUAACUGUCCCCCCAGGACCCCACUCUCUAUUCAACCCUCCCUGCUCCUUGUGCCCUGACCACCCUCUCCCAGGACCCCACCCCCUAUCCAACCUCCCCACUCCUUGUCCUCUGACCGCUCCCUCCCAGGACCCACCGUGCCUCCUGGGACCCCACUCCCUAUCCAACUCCCCUGCUCCCUGUCUCCUAACUGCCCCCCUGAACCUCUGCCCCAUCUAACCGCUCCCUGUCCUCUGACUGCCCACUUCCUGGGACCUCCUGCCCCUUAUCCUACCCCCCACUCCACGCCCCCUUACUGGGCUGCUCAGAGCGGCAGGACUGGCUCAUUGGAAAGCCUGGGAGGUGGGUGGGCGCAAGCCGUGCUGCCUGCGUGGUGGUGUGGCUGCGGGGAAGGCUGGACAGGAGGGGAGGGGCCGGAGGCUAGCCUUCCCAGCUGGGAGCUCAAGGGCUGGGCAGCCUUGCGCCCACCUUGGAAUUUCUUCACGCCCCCCACCAGUUUGGAAACCAAUGCUCUAAAGCUAUGGUUCAGUAAGCACAUGUUUGGUAAGCAUGUGUGUAACAUAAAGCAUCACAGUCAAUGGAACCACUGACAUCAUUUUAGUUACAGAUGUGCUUAAGUAUUUUCUGUAAUAGUGCCUUAAUACUGGUUCAGUAGCAGCAAUUAGCGAAAUCUAUUCCUAGAGCUGUGUAACAAAUGCAUAAUUCUGCUGAAAGCAAGGAGGUUAUAGAAUACUAAUUCAUGCUCUUGAGGAAGGGAGGGGCAAAUCAAAUCUGUUUGUCAAACAGGAACAAAAACAAAGUUUUUUUUUAAACUUUUAACAAGAAACACAAAGAAUAACUUUAAAAAUGUUCACACUUACAUCUAAAUUAUUGUUGCUGUUUCUGUUUAAUGGCAAAUAUUCAGAAAUAAUCAUGCUACUGUAACUUAACUUGACAUUUGCUACUUGUAUUUUUAUAUGUAAUUCAUAUUUUUUAAGAAUACUGUAGAUGUUAUAUCAGUAAUCAGUAUGUUAAUGACAUUUUGUAUUCAGAUGCAUCAGUAUAAGAAGCAUGUAUGAUUUUGGAAGUAGAGAAAAAUAUUAAAUACCUGUCUGUGUCCUUUCCAGCUGCUAAUUUUAAUUUGCUCCUUGGAAAAUCCUGAAUGUGCAAAAUGGGAAGUGAAAUAAACCAGUUAUUUCAUGCAAA